AUGUUGUUUUACAUAAUCAUAGCUAUGUAUUUCCAUGAAAUAAUCAGUAGGAUUUCAUUCUUCCCUUCGAGGCGUGUGUUCAAAACUCUAUGGGGUUCGAAAACCUAUAAAACGCGUCAAUAGUAGUAAAAUAUUGACUUUUACACGUGUUUAUAUGUGAGAUAAUGUGCGAUUGUACGUUUGGUGGCAAGUGGGCGGUGUAUUUUGUGUGAUUAUGAUAUUUUCAUCAUAACUAUGCAAAACCUACGUGAGCUCAUGAAAAUGAAUUAAUGAUUCCAUGUUGUCGAGAUUAGACGGCAGAUUAUUGAUGGUGGUGCCGUCUGGUGGUGGUGGGUGGUGGGGUGAUGGUGCAAUAUGUGGAGCGAGUGGCGCUGGCUCGUGCUCGUGUUGAAUGCUGUCGCCGCACUCUCGCCCGUCGUUAAGAUCGGUGCAAUCUUCACAGAAGAAGCCCGCGGAGGCAGCGCAGAGCUAGCGUUCAAGUACGCCGUGUAUCGAAUCAACAAGGAACGCAGUUUAUUGCCAGAAACCACGCUGGUGUAUGACAUACAGUAUACCACUGCCAGAGACACUUUCAGGACUUAUAAGAAAGCCUGCACACAGAUCAAGUCGGGGGCUAUAGCUAUAUUCAGCAGCGCAGGCCCACUGCUGGGGUCCACGCUGGCCGCGAUGUGUCGCUCGCUGCAUGCGCCGUACAUGACUGUGGCGCCACACUUUGUUGACAACCUCAACAACUCAGACUCCUUCAUAGUCAACCUGUACCCCUCUAGAGAACUGAUGGACGAGGCGUUCAAAGACUUGACUGCUUUCCUGAACUGGACUAGGAUGGGAAUUAUAUACGAAGAUUAUGGGUUUGGGGAACUAAACAUAGUGCGUGUAGCGCGCGACGGACGCGACAUGUACGCAGUGCGGUGUGAAGCGCGGGACUACAGACGUGCGCUGGCGCAGCUCAAAGCGCAGCGUAUAGUGCAUAUCGUGGUCGACACCGACCCUAAGCAUUUGCGCAUGCUUUCUAGAGCUAUUCUUCAACUUCAAAUGAACAACGAAAAUUACCAUUACAUUUUUACCUCAUUCGAUAUGGAACUGUUCGACCUGGAAGAUUUCCUCUACAACCGGGUCAACAUGAGCGGCUGGAGGCUGGUGGACCGGGACUCAGAUAAAGUGAAGGACGCCCUGCAGGUUAUGGAGAAGUUCCAUCCUAUUGGCGCUUCCAUACUCAGCGGGGGACAUAUUAAGACUGAACCAGCACUUCUGUACGACGCAGUCCAAGUGCUGGCAUUAGCUCUCGCUUCCACUAAGGACGUGCAUACGAACAAUGUGACGUGCGAGACAGAGAUGCAUAUAGCACACGGUGACGACUUGCUGGAGAAUAUUAACAAGAUCCAAGCCCACGGUUUAACAGGCCCAAUCGCCUUCACCGAUGGCGUACGAACCACCUUCAACCUUCAACUAAUGAGGUUGACUGGUGGAGAACAUGGAGGUGCUGUGCUGGCUGGCCACUGGGCUCCAGGAGAUGGUCUCCAAGUCACAGACCCUGCUGCUUACAGGCGUGAUCCUCCGCCUAAUGUGACUCUCACCGUUGUCACUGUUGAGGAAAAACCCUACGUCAUGGUGAAGGAAGGCUGGAACCUGCAAGGCAACGCCAGGUUCGAGGGUUUCUGCAUCGACCUGCUCGCCCGCGUCGCAGCCAGGGCAGGCUUCCACUACAGACUGAGACUUGUCCCGGAUAAUAUGUACGGGGCCUGGGACCCUGAUACCGGGCAGUGGAACGGAAUUGUCAAGGAAUUGAUGGAUCGGAAAGCAGACAUAGCCGUGGCGUCAAUGACAAUAAACUACGCUAGAGAGGCUGUUAUUGACUUCACGAAGCCUUUCAUGAAUUUAGGCAUCGGGAUUUUAUUCAAGGUGCCAUCUUCUCAACCAACAAGAUUGUUCAGCUUCCUAAACCCUUUAGCGAUAGAGAUUUGGCUCUAUGUACUAGCUGCUUAUGUGCUGGUGUCCUUUACUCUGUUCGUCAUGGCUCGCUUCUCUCCGUAUGAAUGGUCAUCAAGCACACACGUCUGUGGCCACGAAACCAAGCUUCUAACGAACCAGUUCAGCGUGUGCAACUCUUUCUGGUUCAUCACUGGAACCUUCUUGAGGCAGGGCUCUGGAUUGAAUCCUAAGGCGACAUCUACCAGGAUAGUAGGAGGUAUCUGGUGGUUCUUCACCCUCAUCAUCCUGUCCUCGUACACCGCCAACCUGGCCGCAUUCCUCACCGUGGAACGAACUGUGCUGCCCAUACAGAGCGCCGCAGAUCUGGCCGCGCAGAACAGCGUGCAGUACGGCACGCUCAAUGGAGGAUCCACAAUGACUUUCUUUAGGGAUUCCAAUAUAGACAUCUACCAGAAGAUGUGGCAACACAUGUCGUCAGCCUCCCCGCCCGCGCUCGUCUCCUCUUACGAGGAGGGAGUGAGGAGGGUGCUGGCUGGGAACUACGCGUUCCUCAUGGAGUCCACCAUGCUGGACCAUAGAGUGCAGAGGGACUGCAACUUGACGCAGAUCGGUGGACUGUUGGAUUCUAAGGGUUAUGGCAUAGCAACGUGGAAGGGCAGCCCGUGGAGGGACAGGAUCUCGCUGGCGAUCCUCGAGCUGCAGGAGAAGGGCGUGAUCCAGAUCCUCUACGACAAGUGGUGGAAGAACACCGGCGACGUGUGCAACCGGGACGGCAAAGACGGCAAGGCUAAUCCAUUGGGCGUGCAGAAUAUUGGCGGGGUGUUCGUGACUUUGCUGUGCGGUCUGGUGCUGGCCAUAGUGGUCGCCAUCUUGGAGUUCUGCUGGAACACCAAGAAGAACGCCUCUCAAGGUCGCCAGUCGUUGUGCAGUGAAAUGGGACAGGAGUUAAGGACAGCAAUGCGAGGAGGUUCAUCUAGAACAGUGUUAAGACCUGGAUGCUCCAGGUGCUCCCCUGGAACCCACGUGCCACCAGCGCCUGGAAGAUACGAGACUGAUGGUUCGAGCACGGUAGAGUUAAGGGAGCUGCGGUGGUCGUAGCGCGGGGCGCGGCGCGGAGCCUCCGCGCCUGCGUCCCCCGCCCCCGCGCGCCUCGCACCCCGCCCCGCCACCCUCCGACACACCUGCAAUUCCGUAGGCACAAUAAGAAGAACGACCUCCUACGUCCUAAAAGACCCUAAAGAGAAGAAACACGUGCAAAUCGUCGCGUAGCCAAACAUGUAGACUAGAAAUAGAGUUAGGUUUUAUAUAAACUAGCAUUAUAACAGGGGCUCGCUCUCCGUUACUCACUACAUACAAUCGUAGUCCCAAUUUCAUUUGAAUAUUAAUCAAC